ACGUCAUACACUAUCGCAACCUGCAACAGUGCACGCGUCAUGGGCUUCGCGUGUCAAAGAUACACCGUGUAUUGGAGUUUUCGCAAUCUCCAUGGCUCCGCGAUUACAUCGAGCUCAACACACAAUUUAGAACGUUAGCCAAAAAUGAUUUCGAAAAAAAUUUAUACAAAUUAAUGAACAACGCGGUAUUUGGCAAAACAAUGGAGAAUGUACGGAAUCAUGUCGACGUUAAACUUCUAAUAAAGUGGGAUGGUCGUUACGGUGCGGAGGCAAUGAUUUCGAAACCAAAUUUUCAUAGUCGCAGCAUCUUUUCAGAAAAUUUAAUCGCCGUGGAAUUGCGAAAACUCGAAGUGAAAUUCAACAAGCCAAUCUACGCGGGUAUGUGCAUCCUCGACAUAUCCAAGAUCUGCUUGUAUGAAUUUCACCAUGAAUACAUGCUGCCCCUGUACAGUGACAAGUGUAGAAUCAUGUAUACUGAUACCGACAGUCUCAUAUACCACGUCAAGUGCGAGGAUGUAUAUGAGACUGUGAAACGCGAUAUACACAGAUUCGACACGAGCGAUUAUCCGGUUGACAACGCGUAUGGCAUACCGCUUCUAAAUAAGAAAGUGCCCGGUCUAAUGAAGGACGAAAACAAUGGCGCGAUCAUAAUGGAAUUCGUGGGACUCAGAGCGAAAAUGCGUUGCGAGUCGAUGGUAAGAAGGAUACGAAGAAGGCGAAAGGUGUCAAAAAUAAUGUAGUAGCGCGAACAAUAU